AUGAAAUCAAUUCAAUCGGGGUCCAUGCACAGACGCAGUGAUCGUUUGUUUCCUAUUCAUCCGCAUAAUUUGAAUAAAGUUAUACAAGAUGAAUGGAAUAGUAUUAUACAAUGGUUAUGUGAUGUUUUAUCAUCUGGUGAUAUCAUGUGUGAAAUUAAUCCAGUAUUUACUACUAUUCAAAGAUUUAUCAAUAUAUUUGGAAUGCGUUUAUCCAAAACACAGCGCAUUGCUUUAAUUCGUCUAACUGUAGCUUAUAUAUGUUGUCCAAAUAUUGAUACGCAGGUUAUAUUCAAUGCGUUAGAGCUUUUAAACAAGUUGAUGAGUAAAUCAUAUUCUCUACUAUCAUCAACCUUGUCUAUUAACUGGAAAAACUUCUUUGAUAUGCGAGAAUGGAUUGAUGAUGCGUGGCAAGCGAAUUCUCACUUAAUUCAACUGUCUAAAACAGAAUUUGUAAAAUUACAACAGAUCACUGUAUUAUGCUCAAAGUUCUUUCCGAAAAGUUCGAUUGAAGAAAUUUGGUUAGAAUUUCGUCAUCAUAUUUGUAGUGAUAUAUUGACUGGAGCGCCGAUCAGAUAUUUGAGUCAUUUUUUAAUUUAUACACCAUUUUAUCCAAAAUAUUUUGAUGAGAUUAGUCGUGUUUGGUUAACAGAUAUAUUUGAUUUGUGGUAUAUGCACCCUGAAUUAGGAAAUUUUCGUGAAAUUAUCCGAAUAUUAUGUUAUGUUUCUCGUAUUGGUCGUGGACGAAUCGAUUGGGAACCACAUAUGGAACGUAUAUUUACUGGUCUUUCAAGAGCUAUCACUUUAAAUAAAAAACCAGUACAUGGUGAAUUACUAAAAAUAGAAGAUAUAGAAUUUUACGCUGAACUAAUCAUGAAUACCAUUGGUCCUGAUCGUUCAGAUUGUCAAUCAUCAGUAUUAUAUCGACUGGAGCAAUUAUUAAAAUCUGUUGAAUCAUUCUAUCAUCCAUCAUCGAGUCAAAUUGAGGCAGGGAAAUUGUUAAGCUGUUUUAUAUUGAAAUUUCUACGUUGUUUAAUUAGUCGUUUACGUGAUGAAUUAUUUCCGCCAGUUGAAGCAUUGGAUUUGGGCUACACACCGCCUGAGUUUUAUCUGUCUGUGGAACAAGUUGAUCAAAUUGUUGAUUUAUUUACACCGAUUUGUUUAGAUUACUUUUUAUAUUCAAAAUCUGAUGCUGUAGUGAAUACCACAGUGAAAAUUAUUCCACUGUUAUGUAAACUACGUCCUUGUCGUGUUAUGCCAUGUUUACUUAAUAAUCUUGAAUCUGGUUUAACUAAACUGGAAAUGCCGUUACGUUUCACUCGACCAUUGCACGCUUUAACCUAUUCAAUACAAUCAUUAAUUUACGUUAGAUUUCCGUUGUAUCCACGUGGACCAUCAUCGUCGUCCAGUGUGUAUUCUGUCAACGAAGAUCCUGAUAAAUUAGAGGACGGUAUUGAUGAUGAAUAUUAUGAUAAUGAUGACAUUGAUGCAGAAGUUGGUGAUAAGGAAAUGAAAGAAGGAAAUGAAGAUGAAAUAGUUGAUGAUGAUGACGAAGGUGAAGAAGACGACUCAUCAACAUCAUCUUCAUCCUCGUCAUCAUCAGAUGUAGAUAAUGAUAAAUGUAACGAUACACUUAAAUACCAUAGACCAAACAAUCAUAGUUCUAAUAGACUUGUGAAUGAUACUACUGAAAGGCUUACAAUGAAAAAGCGAAUUUUUCAAAAGUCCUCAUACAAACCGGCUUACACUCAUGUUUCACCGUCUGUUCGUCAAAGUCAUUUAAAAGCCUUCACUUAUUUAUCUGGUCGGGCCGAACUGAAUCGUGUUCUACAACUUCUUUCACACGGUUUGGAUAUGAAUUACACAGAUCGAUUUAAUUAUUCUGUAUCAUGUUUAAGUCGGAUAUUCCUUUCAACGCCUAUAUGGGAUUUCUCAACUAUGCAAUUUACUAAUAACAACAAUAUCAAUCCAAAUCAUAUAACCACUGAAAGGAUAAUCUCGGAAUCAAAUGACGUAGAAGAUACUGUCUUCAUGAUAUAUGAACGUAUUUUGAGUUAUUUAUCCAUAUUAAAUGAUGAUAGUACAAAUUCUGUAAAUUUACAAAGUAUUUCACAUUUAUCGAAUAAAAUGUAUCGACCACAAACUGGACCUCCUAAUGGUCAUCCACGUUCAUAUAUAGAUACAUGUCAAAUGAGUAGAUUAACUGGUCUGUGUGUUGCAUUGGGUUUAUCUACAUCAUCUAAUUCACAAUUACGUUGUCGAUUAAUUAGAUUGCUAGUAGAUAGAAUAUUUUCUUGUCAAUGGUCACCAGAUACAUCACGAUUAAUUGGUUAUCAAGCAUAUUGGCUAACGAUUGAUUCAUCUUAUAAUGACAAUAAUAACAACAUAAAUCCAUCAAUUUAUGCUUUGAAGUUAAUAUGGUCUAAAUUUAUGGCCAUUGUAAAUGAAAUUGAAAAUGAUGGAUCUUACAUUUAUCACUAUCGCGCAGAGCCUAGGCUUCUUUCUUUAUUAUAUAUUCUACCAGGGUUUAUUUGUGCAUUACCACCGGAAAGUUUAAUUGAUCCAACUAUCUAUAAAGAGUUUAUUGAACCAUUAAUUAUCGUACUUGGUAAAUUAUGUUAUUUAUCAACAGGAUGUCUUGUCAAACCAGAUUGGAGUCAUUUUACAUCUCUGAAUAAUAUGAAUCUAGAAUAUAACAAACUUGUAAAUGCAUGUCCUGCCUUGUCUGAAGCAUCAGCAAGUUUUCUUGCUAUGCUACUGCAUCGUUUAACAAGUUACAGUAUUGAUUUUCGUCGUUUCAAUUUACUAGACAAUAUUGUCGGUGUAGAUGAACAACAACAACUAAAUAAAGUUGAUGCGUAUAUUUCAUCUCCUUGGUGGAGCCCGUUUGUCAAUUUGAAAUCCAUUGUUAAUUAUUGUUACAAUCAUAAGAAUCAGAAACAGCACAGUUUUUGGUUUAAACCGACAAAAAUGACAACUUCUUUAGCUCGACAAUUAGUUAAAUCAUUUUUACAUCCCGUCAUGAAAGAAUUAGAGAAAAUUCAUGAGAAUUUAACCUCUUUAUUACAUACUACCACUACUAAUGAUCAUAAUACUGUUAACGGAAUAAACUACAUUGAACAACGGAACCGGUUCACAUCAUUAACAAUCUGGAUGAAUCACUUAAUGAAUGGUUUAUCUGAUGCUUUAGCACCUCGUAUAAAAAACCUUAGUGUGAACGAAAUACGUAUUGGACAACAUUUUAUGCCAUGGCAUGGUCUAUCUAACCUAAUUGAUCCUCAUGAAGUUUACAACGUAAUUUCAAUCGACGAUUUGCAAUCAUCUUCUGUAUCAGAUUGGGAUAUCUCUUAUUUUUAUAUGAGUAGUAAAAAUGAUAUAGGUGAAGAGUUACGUGAUGCAGCACUUAAAAUCGGUUUAAAACUAUUGGAUGUGAUUUCACAAUUGAUGAAAGAAACUGAUGAUAAUUUGAUAUCGUGCCAUGACAGAACUCGUGGUGAUGAGAUUGUCGAUAAUGUUUGCGAUAAUUUGACUGGUAGUUUUGGUGAUAUAGGUGUUUCAGAGAAAUUAAAUGACUGUAAUUCUACUAUUAAAUCAAUCUGGUUAUUAUUCAAUAAUGUUCAAGUCUACAAUCUAAUGGAAUUCACUCACCAAGCUCUAUUUAAUUUACCUAUGGAAGAGCAUAGACCAUAUCUUUUACAAAUUAUACGUGGUCCACGAGGUCUAUUAUCUAUUGAUUUAGGCGCUCGUAAUUGUUUGCAUUUACCAGAUCAAGAACUUUCACGUCCAAAUGAUUCUGAGAAAUUAUGUAUACCUAGUAUAAAUUCUUUAACAGGAACGUUUUGUUCCACAGCAUCAUCAUCUUCAUUGUUAAAUCAAAGUGAAUUUAAUGAAAAUUUACAAAUGUAUUCUGGUUGUACCAUUAUCACUUAUAUCGCACGUAUCCAUCAUCGUUUUUCCAUAUUAAUGUUAAAUCAUUUACGAAAACACUUGAUGCUUACAGUGAGAAAUUCCACUGGUAAAUUAAUAUCACGUUCUAUCGCCUGUUCUACCAUAAUACAACCAUCACUAGAAAUUAUGAAAUUUACAGAUAUUUUAAGUGUUUUGGCAACAUCUCCACGUCGAUCAGAUAUUCGACAACUGGCUAAUUUUUUCCUCAAUGCACAAUUAAUUAAAUUUGUUCCUUCGAUUGGUACAAGAGUAGUAGAAUUAUUAGUUAAUCGCUUAAAUAAUAUAGCCACAGAUAUAAAAUUUCUAAUGUCCUCGCCUGAUUCACCAUCGUCUUCUUUAUCAUUAUGUUCCUCAACAUCUCCACUUGCAUCGUCUUCUGUCUUAUCUUUAUCUUCCAUUGGUUCAUUAGAAGGAAAACAAAAACUUAUACACCAUCGACGUAUGUCUACAAUUAUCGCAUUGAAACAGAUAUAUGCACGUCACCAUUGGAAUCGAGAAUAUGAUGAAUUAUUUCGAUUAAAUCCACUUUUAUUUGUACAAUUUUGUACUAGCCUUGUAAAACAACUAAUUAAUUAUCAAGAAGAAAAAUCUAUUUGGUUUAAAAAUUUUGAAAAAAGCAAUAAUCAUAAUGAUGAUUUAGUGAACAAACCUUAUCACCGUCAUCAGCAGCGGCAUCAGCAACAUCAACAACAUCAAUUAAAACAAUUACAGACAAAUUGUGAUCAUUUAGAACAUUUAAUAAAACAAAUUCUUCAUUCAUUUAAAGAAUUGCCUAUAGAUUGUAAUAUAUAUCUUUCAUUUCAUUGUGAAAAUGGUCAGAUUCCAUCUACUAGUUGGUUGAACAAAGUUUAUUCUGAAAUUAGUAGUUGUUUAAAUGCAUUUCAAUAUCCAUUCGAUGUGAAAACAUUGAAUAAUUCAAAUAACAUUAUGAAUAUAUUAUUUCAUAACCGUGGUACAGCUGCAGCAUUGUUCAAUCGUAAUAUUUCUGAUUAUAUUAUUCGUAUACACUCAAAUGAUUAUCAACAGUUAAAUUCACUAGUGAAUGGUUCAACAAAUUCAGAAAGUACAACAAUUGAUAAAAAUGCUAAUAACCAUAACGAUGGUUCCAGUACAAGUUGGUCAUUAACUGUAGCAUUGUUAGAGAUAUUACAUUAUCCUGUCAGUCCACCAUUUGUACCUGUAUGGAGAUUAGAUAACUGUUCUAUACACCCACCUAUUUUGAGUCCUCCAUCUUUGAAAUUUAUUCAAAUUGCUUUAAAAUUAAUGAUUGGUGAACAGACUGAAGUUGCAUUUACUGCAUGUAGGUGUAUUUCGGAGUUGAUUUUCAGUCUAAUAGGUUUGUAUCGUAUCCCAUCACGUAAAUGUAUUUAUCCCAUACAAAUCUGUCAAGAAAAAAUGAUCACCAACACCACUGAUUUGUCAAUUUUGCCAAAUCAUCAUCCUAAUGUUAAUUCACCGAUGAUAGCUGGGCCUCGUCCAGAUAACUUAUGGUUAUUCUUUAAUGAAAAUGCUAGAAUUUUACAAUCAGAUAAAGCAUAUGCAUUCCAUCAUCACGUUGUGUCGAUAAAUUGUGGUUUCGUUUACUAUCCUACUCAUUUAUAUAUCUACGAUCCACAUGUUAUUCUACCUUAUCCAACAUUUGAUAAAAAUGGACAAUUAAUUGCAGAAAAACCAUUAAAUCAAACUAAUUUAACUACUACUAUGACUGUUUCAAAUGAUAAUUCAAACAACAUUGCCUCAUCUAAACAACCAUCAUGGUUAUCUCAUUUCAUUAUUGAUGAUGAUGAAAAUGACAAUAGACAACAGACUGCUUGUUUAUUGGCGAAGAAAUUAUGCAGUCCUUUGAGUGAAACACGUGAAUUUUGGACAUCAUUAGCCAAACAAUUACUAUAUAUGCAUAGAUCUCAUUUUGAUAAACAAGGUUACUAUACAUUCAUAACACAUUAUUUAAUUAGAUCAUGUUUAUUGGCUUUUGGUCCGAAAAAUAUGUUGGAACAUUUAGAAUAUUUUAUGAAAACCUUACUUAUCACAUUACCUAAUUCUAAAUUACCAUUGGAUGGGAAAGCCGAGUUUAUUGGUUUCUAUUGGAUACAAGUUGUGUUGAGUGAUAUCGUUAAUAUUAGUUCAUUAUGGUCACGUCAGUGGAAAUACUAUUUCUGGGGUUGUUUCAUACCAAGAAUAUUGUGUUGGUCAGAAAUUUGUGCAUUAAAUGUAUCAGUUAAUGAUUUGGCUCAAUCGGUUGAUGAAAAAUUACAUCCAGCUGUAAGACAUGUUCAGUGGACGAUGCCAAUUUAUGCCGGAAGAUUUGCUGGAGGAAGAGAUGAUGAAGAUGAUAUUACAGCCGACUGUAAAACUCAUUCGGAAGAUGUAAACUCAAAUCGUAAUCGUUGUGAUAAAACAUUGUUAUCUAACACUGUUAAACAAUCAUUAGCUGGUGGGCCAUUUCAUCGUAUUCAUUUUAUGUAUGAUUAUAUUAUUAAUUGUGCUACAAUCAAUUAUAAUUCAGAUGUCCACUGUUUACACCCAUUAUGGGAUUGGGCUAUACAAGGAUUAAUUGACUGUAAUAAUAAUAAUAAUAAUAAUAAUAAUAAUAAUAAUAAUAAUAAUAAUAAUAAUAAUAAUAACGAUUCACAAAUGAAUCCAUCAUCAUUUUGUCAACACACUAUUAAUAAAGAUCACGGAAUUACUUCCAUUGAAGAUACUUGUCCAUCAUGUAUAUUAAUACAGCAUUUACCAUUAGUACACCGUCGAGUAUUCUAUGAAAGAUUAUGUUAUAAAUUUGUAUUUUCAUUAGGUUGGCUUGGUAUACCAUUAUAUAGACGAUUAUUAUCUUAUCAACAAUGUUAUUCUACUAUAAACAAUUCUACUCUAUGGUAUUCACAAGCAUGUAAUAACUCUGUAUGGUUAAGAGAUUUAUCAGCCAGUAAUGCUGUUUAUCGUGUAUUACCUAUUAAUAAUUUAAUUUAUCAUAAUAAUAAAAAUAAUUUAAAUCUAAUUAAAUAUAAAUUAAAACAAACUGAAUUAAUAUGUUUAUCAAAUCAAUUAUCAAUAAAAGAUGCUUUAAAUUAUCAAUUAUUUAUAAGAAAUUUAUUUAAAAUUGAUGAUCCAUUAGAAUUACUCGGUGGUGAGUUUUUAUUCAAAUCGUUCUUACCAUUACUUGUUCGUGAUACAUUGAAUGUUUUACGAUUAAAAAGAAAAAAAUUGUCAGAAUCAAGCUUAAUGUUAUCGGUAGCUCCACCUGAACAAAUUAAUUCUACUAUUAUUCAAGAAAUUUACAAAAAUAUGAAUACCAUUGAAGUUACAACAGACAACAACAAUCAUGAUGAUAAUAAUAAUAGCAAUGUAAUUCUCAAUAAUUAUCGUCUAGCUGAAAUUAUAGUAUUAUCCAAUCGCUUAUAUUGUUUAUUUUCAUGUUUAAGACUUCUCUUAAAUUACAGUUGUCCUACAUUUAUCCCAUCAUCAUCAUCAUCAUCAUCAUCAUCAUCAUCAUCAUCAUCAUCAUCAUCAUCAUCAUCAUCAUCAUCAUCAUCAUCAUCAUCAUCAUCAUCAUCAUCAUCAUCAUCAUCAUCAUCAAUAGUAAUAAUAAAUGAUGAGAAUUUCAUUCAAAUGAAUCAAUAUCAAUAUGCAUUUUUAAGUCGUACAAAUAUCUGUUGUUUAUUAGCCCCAAUUGUAGCCGAUAUGUGUUCAAUGGGUAAUUCAUAUGAUUAUUUUACAACUGCAUUAAAUAUGAAGAUAUUUUAUCAUAAUUCUUAUUUAUCAAAAAAGCAAAAUUAUACCAAAAUAGAUGAUGAUAUGAAUGAUGGUUUAAUUUGUGCAAUCUCUUCUUAUUUAAUCUAUUUAUCUGCAUUACCUCUAUCAGGGCAAGGUCAAUCUGAUAUUAGUAAUAUUUUAUCAUUUAUUGAGAAUUUUUUAAAAUAUUUCCUACAACAUGUAUCAUGGCGUACACGUGCUAUAGGAUUAUUAUUGUUAAGAAAUCUUGUAGUAUUCAAUUUAGCAGCAUUUCAUGCUCCUGAAUGCAAUUUAUCAACAAUGAAUGUUACUACUACUACUACUACUUCUACAGCCUUGGAUAAUUCUGUGAAUAAACGGUUGAGAAGUAUUUUAUGGAAGUGUCUUAAUGAUUCUUUGAUUGAAGUUAGUCAAGUUGCUAUGUUUGUCCUGGCUAUAUUUAUUGAAGUUGGUGUGAUUAAGUAUGAUAAGAAAUGGAUUAGUCAACUGAUGAGACAAAUCAAUCGACCCCUUCCAAAUCAGUCAGUUAUGCAUAUCAACCAUAGCAAUGAUAGUACCAAUACUCAACCAACUAAUUUUUCAAACAAUAAUAAUCAUAAUGAAUAUUCCAUUGCUUUACGUGAUCGUUAUGCAUCCAUUUUAGCUUUAUGCUCAUUUGUUCAUGGAAAUCCACACAAUACUCCUGAUUACUUACCGCCAAUUAUUUCAAAACUUGCUGAUCAUUUACAUGAUUCACAAUCAAUCAAAAAAGUUAUUUCAUCAACUCUGUCGUCUUAUUCACGUACUCAUCAAGAGGUAUGGCAUGAACAGUCGUUGAAAUUUACACCAGAACAAUUAGAUAAUUAUAGAUAUGUUAUUUCAGAUGCUUCUUAUUAUGUUUAA